ACAAAAUCGACUGGUGCCCCUCACCUGACAGCUUCCCUUGUUGCACCUUCUUCUUAAAGAAUUUGAGCGCCUUAACUAGCUCCACCUGGAUCGUGUGUCCGGAUAGGGACGGGCAGUCAAUCACUGUCGACCUCAAGCAUGGCUAGAUUAAAUGAAUCUACUGCCCCUACCGAAUCUAUUGAAAUUCUUAAACGAAGAUUUGUGAGGCAAAAUCGCGAAAUUGCUCGGGUCAAUUCGAUACAGUCCCUUCGCAUUCGCAGCCUCGAAUCCGAAGUCUCCCACCUUCUAUCUGAAAAUGUAUCGCUUCGGGAGCAGACUAUAUCCCUCAGUCAAGAGCUGGAAAGAUAUGAAGCAGCCAAAAUGCUACACGAUGGUGUCUAUGGCAUCAAAGCGAAGCUAGAUAGCAAACUGGCAGAACUUGGUAGCUUGGUGACGGAUCUGGGGGCGCUGCCACGCAGAUUCAGCAAGCUAUGCGACGGACGAGCAGAGUCUACCGACCCAGGGCAUUCGCGGUUGUUAAACUUGGAUUGGAGGCGCAGGGCAACGGAUGCUGAAUACAAUGCGGCCGCUGAAGACGGAAAACUUCCAGUGAUCCUUGAAGACAAGUGCUACCCACGGAAGACAUUAGAAUCUCAGGAGCUGCAUGACAUCAUUCAGAAUGAGGAAUGCUCUCCAAGGUCGCCUGAUAUAGAGGAAGUCACACCAGUUGAGAAAGAAGAACGCAUUCACUUCAGUCAAGAGCUGCCAGAGGGUUUGGCUGGUUAUCAGAUAAUGCACACCGAUGCUGAAGAGAUCGAUACCUUACUUCCUCCAACUCUCGAAACGAGAAAGAAGAGAAAACCGAGCCCUGUCGCAAUGAACAAGACGGAACGUGCCUUCAGCCCUGAUGCGGUCUCUAUGAAUCACGACGUGAACUUCCCACUGAAGUCAGGAGCCAAGCGAAAAUUUAUGUCGGAAGAAGCCGAGCUCUUUUCAUCGGCAACAACAGAUGAUGGCGAUGAUGAUUUUCAAUAUAGCCGAUCUAGUCAUCUACAGAGCCCGGAAAACCAACACACAUCCAUAUAUGACGGAUUUUCACCGUCUAAAACCCAGGUAGAGAAAAAGGGAGGAUCGAGGGAUCGUGGUUCAUCCAAGCGAAAAGUGCUUGAGCCGAAGAGCACAAAUAUCAGUGCAGUUCCUUCAAAACGGGAUCGGGCUCUACGGGACCAAAAAGCCCAGGACAAGGCUCACAUACAGGAUACAGACUGGAGAUCUUCGACCAAUGGAAGAAGGGAAACGAGCCAUCAAGAGAGUGAGAUGGAUGCGAAGCCGCUCGCCCAUUACGCUAAUCGACCAGCCCCAGAAGAUGACAGCGCUAAACAUCCUACUGAGUUCCGAGCAUCAGAGCAGAAUUCAUCAUCCGCGCCAGAGAUACCUGAAGACGAGGCAACCUCUAAUGCGCUGAGUGCCACCCGGCCCACAAGGCGUCAGCGAUCUGUUGUCAGCUAUGCAGAGCCCAACCUCAGAGACAAAAUGAGACGACCUACGAACGAGUUUGCGGAUGCGGUUAUGGGUGGUAACCCUCGAAGAACGUCGGAUAUCCAAAGCCCCCACCCGAAUGCUAGCGAUGGGGGAGACGAUCAGAGAAGCGGGGGUUCGAGUAGUAUGCGAAGCUCUUAUCACUUUGAGACAACCGACAGUGUCCAAAAUCACUCUUUUGAAGCUCAGGAGGAAGUCGCUUCCGGAAAUUCAAUGACUACGAUUUCCCAGAGGAAACGCAAGACUUUACCUGCAAGCAGCGACGGCCCUUCUGUUGAGGCCAUGGCACUGACACACCCAACACGACAUUGCGGCAUUCACAACGGUCAACAGAUCGACAACGAAGAUAGUACCGCUAGUCUGGAAAAUGGAACUACCGAGAGAAAUGAACCACAGUGGAAUGCCGCUUCGCCGGCGAAGUCGGCCACCAGGCAGGCUCGACGUCACUCAUCAAACCCUAGGGGACAAAGCCUUGCGUCCGAGAGUGGCGUUGGUUCGACUGACUCAUUUCGAGUAAAUCCCACAGGUACAUUGGCGUUGGACUAUGACGAAUUUAUGCUGGCCAGAUCAGACAACGCUUCUCUGGAAGCAGAAUCAUGUGCGCAAUCAAUGAACUCCCAGGCAGGCGUUGGACGUGCCAUAGUUUCAGGGACAGGUGGCAGGCAAGCUAGACGUGGCCAACGUACAGGUACCAGGAGAAAAAGCAUGAUGAUAUAAUCCUUUGACGACUGAUACCAAAGCUCUCUCCUUCCAUCUUCCUUUCUUUUUCUUUUUUUCUUUUCUUUUUUUUUUUUUUUUUUUUUUUUUUUUUUUUUUUUUUUUUUUUUU